AUGCCAGCCAUUCGAGUGUCCAUCGGAAGGCAAAUGUCAUAUAAAUUCAGUGACGAGAAAGAAUACAUACGAAAUGAUGAGGAAAAUAGGAUACGAAGACAAUUAAUCCGAGAAAAUAAACUCAAACAAAAUGAAUGCAAUGAAAGCGACAAUUCUGUGGACACCUCCAGUGAUAACAAUAAUAGUGAACUAGUUUUACACAAAGACUUUUUACACGAUAUAAUUGCCAACACAUUGGAGUUGAGUGAUGAAGACCUGACGGAUCAGAUCUCAGAGAUUGAGAGUUAUGUCACAAAUUGUACAGAAAUACAGACAUCUAGUCAUGAAAAUGAGUUAUCAUUGGAUAGACUAAUGGAGAAAUCGCACACAUUUGCCAUCAAACCUGUAUUCCGUGAACUCACUGAUUAUAAUGGCUUAAAUCAACUUGAAUUCAGCCGGAUAUCCGAGUUGUUAAGCGCCACCACUAUAUUGAAAUCAUCCACGACCAAUAAUUUUGUUGAGAUAACUGAUAGCAACCAACUGAUGGCUUACAUGCAAGUGAAAUAUGAGCAGCAGUUUAGAAAACUUGUGAAUUUCACAAAAAUGUUGAAUUCAUUUACAACCACCUGUCCGGACGAUCAGUAUUCACUCGUCAAGAAUAGCUGCACAGAAAUGCUCUUGCUCAGAUUUUUCACAUACUUUAAUGAUGACAAUAAUUCAUUGACUGGAACAGCAACUACUGAUAAUAGCACACUUGAGGUCAGUUUGGAGGAUUUCAAAGAGCAUAGGAUGCAAACAUAUUAUCCAUUGAAGCUAUUUCUUAAUAAAUUCUUCCCAGAAUGGAAUAAUGAUCAAGUUAUAAUUGACCUGUUAUCUGCGAUCGUAAUUAUGAACCCUAAGCGACCAAACCUAACACACAAACAAAGUAUCAAACUGGAGCAACAACUUUAUGUGUAUUUAUUGCAACGAUACUUACUAUUGAGAUAUCAACCGGAGUCGGAAUCAAAACUCCAGAAACUAAUGGUUUCGUUGACAGACCUCACGAUUACAGCCGAAGCCCAUAAACAGUGCGAAGUGCAAGAGGUUUACGAGUGUAGACCUCUACUACAAUAUUAUGGCCCACUUUUGAGCGAGGUCUACGACUUGCAUCAAUUAGAAUAA